UCAAAAUUCCAAAAACCACAACAUAACACACAAAAAGGAGACCUAAACCAAACAAAAAUUAUCUCUCAAUACCAAACUCUCUUGAAAUAGCCCCAAAACAACAUAAACUACAAAAUCUAUACCUCUAAAUGAGACAGAAACACAAGAACAAGUUUAUGACAUUCCCGCGCAAGAAGAAAAAGGAGAGUGCAAUGGCUUCAACUUCAACUCAAAGGGUCAAUGAAAAUGAAUCCAAAAGCAGCAACAACUCAACAAAAUCUUGUUUUCAACCAACAGUGUGUUUGAAAGAUUGGUGGCUUAUUAAGGCUGAAAAAGAUUCUCAAGGAAGGACUCUUGCUGUUGCUGGGCUCACUUCUAGAGAAGGCCAAGCGCUGCGAGUAUUCUCCUCUGCACCAAUUCUCAAGACUAAUGAUGUUUGUAAUCUUGAGACCAUCGAUGGGAUAUUUGUUAUUCUCAAAGGCUUCAUAAACAAAAGUCGCUCGGAGGAAAAUGGUUUUCCAUCUGAGGUGGUCGAACAGUUUCUUUUAGGUUUUCCUCCUCAAUGGGAGGCGUUUAUCGAGAAAUUCUUAAGAAGAAAAUCUAAAGGUAAAGCUGAUGCGAGUGAUGCCCUUUGUUUUGAAGAACCAUCUGUUUGCUCAGAAAAGGUUAAAGAUCUAAAGAAGAUAGAUCAAAAGGAUCAUUUAGAGGCUACUGAUGAAAAAAUACAGGAUCAUUUAGAGGCUACCGAUGAAAAAAUACAGGAUCAUAACUGGGAAAAAGACUAUGAAGUAGAAGACAAUUUGAAGAGAGACAAUCAGAAUGAUGGAGAAGUUGCAAGUGAAGUAAUUGUACGAAAGACAAGGUCAUCCAACAAGCUUUAUACAAACACUUCUACAGGCAUUGCAAAGGAGCAAGCUGCAGAUAAUCAUCAUAAUGGGAAAAAAGACUAUGAAGUAGAAGACAAUUUGAAGAGGGACAAUGACAAUCAGAAUGAUGGAGAAGUUUUAAGUGAAGUUAUUGUACGAAAGACAAGGUCAUCCAACAAGCUUAAUUAUACAAACACUUCUACUGGCAUUGCAAAGGAGCAAACUGCAGAUGAUUAUCAUAAUGGGAGAAAAGACUAUGAAGUAAAAGACAAUUUGAAGAGGGACAAUCAGAAUGAUGGAGAAGUUGCAAGUGAAGUUAUUGUACGAAAGACAAGGUCAUCCAAGAAGCUUAAUUAUACAAACACUUCUACAGGCAUUGCAAAGGAGCAAACUGCAGAUGAUAGUAGAACAACUCAGUUGAAAAGUGGAAGUGCAUCCGCCAAAAACGCAAAGAGAAAAUUGACAUAUGGAAGUCCUCAGCAAGGGAAAGAGGCAGUUCCACCUGUCUCUACUGAACCUUUGAGUUUUAGCAGAUCUAGAUCAGGGAGAGCGCUACUUCCUCGAAUGGCAUUUUGGCGCAAUCAAAUGGCAAUUUAUGAUGCGGAUCACCAGGUUACAGGAGUUAAACAAGGCGACCCAGAUCUGGAUAAUCUAUCUAGAGUGAGUAGAUCUGAACCAUCAAGAAAGAGACGGCAACUCAGAUGAGAGUUAAAGCUCCUAUUGUCUAGUGGAAAUGUAAAGGAACCUAAUGGGAAGGCAUAAACAACUGUGGCAUAGUUGUACAAAGUAUGUAAAGGCUCUAGUAAUGCCAUAUUGGAUGCAUAUUUACUAGACAGAUACCUCUUUUGGUUCUUAGAACAGCUGCAAGCUAUAAGUAAAGAGAAGUUUCUUUUUCUAUAUUUCUUUGACUCAUUUAUGGUGCUUAGUUAUGUUAAUAUUUAGGUUCACUUGGACUGUAUCUUGGUACCUGAUAUUGCUGGCACAAAGCCUAAAGGCCACAAAUGAUUUUACUGCA